CUCAUUUCGCAUCCGUUUCCGUUAUAAGAACAUUUAAAUCGUAAAUUUAAAAGAACUUUUACAUUUAACUAAGCGGUGUAUAUAAGAGUCAAACAAUGGAAUUUCCUCAUUUUCCCUGUAUCGAAAUCGCUACAAUUAAAACUGAGUCCGUCGAAAGUCCAUUGCUUGAGAAUUUUCUCCAGGACUUCAAUGCUCAACUGGUUGAAGAUAUUUCACAUCUAGAAGCAUCGUGUGAAAAAUUAAGAGACUGUAAAAAAGGCCUACAAACUUUCAAGGACAAGUAUGUCAGAGAAAUAUACGCACUGACACAUAACAUUAAAGGUGAUGAGAUUUUACCGCAGCAAUUGUCAAGCAGAAUUCAAAGUGAAUUAGGGCAAUUUCGUGUGAGUGAACAUAGAAUUGAGGAAAUGCUCUCACAUUUUAAUGGAGACUAUAAGGAUUGGCGUUCAUCGUUGGACCAACAAAUGCAAACUUCACUUGGAACGGAUGAUUUAAUUGAUUUAACACAAGAAGAAUUGAUGGACAAGUUAGGAGCCAUGCGCACUACCGCUGAAAAUGCAAAAACUGAACUUAAUACCAUCGAAGAAAUAGCUAAGAAAAAUACUACAAUUUUAGAAGUAGAACUGAGGGCAUUGCAGGAGGAAGUAAACAAACUUGACACAUUAAAGAAGGAAAUGAGCAACACUCAAGAACAACUCAUGGAUGAAUUAAAGGAAAAGCAAUUUAAAAAUCAGCAGGAUACAAAUAAGUUAUUAAGGGAAAUUGCAAGUUUACAAAAAAACAUAGAGCUAUAUAACUAAAAUGAAAAAAAAAACAAAUUUUCAAACCUAUAUAU